GAGCACCUACAUCAGUUGAACCAACAGGAAAUCCAGGUAAUCUUUGAGAACUGGACUCUCAAGGCUAGUCUCUUGCCAGACGUCUCCUACACCUUUACUUCACUCUCUCUAAACAAGCAGAGCAGCCAUGGCCGCUGCUACUCUCUCAGCUGGCAAGAGCCUCGUCGCCGCCCAGUCCUCAGGGCUCAUGGGCACCAAGGUCCAGAAGGUGUCCAACGUUAAGGUCGCUGCCGCUCCCGCCAGGCGGUACCCUAAUGUUGUGGCCACCUCACGUGUGGACCAGUUCAGCAAGUCCGACAUCAUCGUCUCCCCUUCCAUCCUGUCCGCUAACUUCGCCAAGCUUGGCG